AUGGAACAAUAAUAAACAAAUUUAGAAUACUCUCCUUAUAUUUUUGAGAUUGAGAGCAUUUUGGAAAAGAGAAUUCAUCCUAAAACAGGAAAAACAGAAUUUUUAGUUUAAUGGAAAUAAUGGCCAGAUGAUCCAACAUGGGAGCCAGCUUAAAAUAUCUAAAGCUUUUUAAAUAACAAUAAUUAAAAGAAAAAGGAAGAUGAUUCACAUUCUAACUUGAAGCAAAGAAAAUUGUAAAAAAUUGAAGACAAAGUGAAGAGGUCUGAACAAGCAAAUAAUCAAACUUAGAAGCUAAAUGAUAGCUUGCAAUAUUUAGAUGAAUAAAUUUAAUUUCUUUAAAAUAAAUACGAGCUUUUUAUUUCAGAUUCAGAGACAGAGUAAAAAAAAUUAAUUCCUGAUAAAAUAAGCGAAAUUGAACCAGAGUAAAUUGAAAAUGAAGAAAAUACCAAUAUGAUGAAUAACGUUUAAAUUGAGCCAAUCUAUAAAAUAUUAGACAAAUAAGAAGUUGAAAAUACUAUUUAUUAUCUUAUUCUCUUUUAUGAUGAAAAAUUACCUUAAUGGGUGAAGUAAGAAAAGCUGAUUGGCUAUGAAGAUGAAAUUUUAGAAUAUGAAAAACAAAUAAUUUAAGAGAGCACUGAACUAAACUCUAAAUAGUUAUUAGAAACCAGUAUAUAAAGUAUACAAAAUGAAAAUUUAUAAAUAGAAAAAGAUCAAAAAUAAGAAGAAAAUUAAUUUAAAAAGGUAAUGGAUCAAGAAAAUCUUGAAAAAAGUAAAAAUAAUUUUAAUAGGAAUCAACAAUUUUAAAAUGAUAUAGAUGAAGGUGAUUUUUUAACAGAUUAAAUAUAAGAUAUAGAAGCAAACUUUAUGUUUACUUAUAGUAUUAAUUGGAAACCGAGAAAAGAUGGAAACAUUCCUCUAAAUAAAUAAGUCUAAUUUGUAAAAAAAAUUACAAUAACGCCAUAAGAAUUCAUUGAUUAAAUCCUAUAAAAUAAAUUUCUUAAUUGA